CAAGUAAAACUUAGAAGAAGAAGAAAAAAAUGGGAAAAAAAGAAGAAAGAAGACUAGUAUAACCGUGGUAGGCGUGGCUUUGGCUGGAUUAUGGAUGCCAGGCUGACGCUUGAGCCCUACCGAGGGAUGAUUAGCCUUCACAUGGUCUGGUUGUACAGGCUUUGGUCCCACUUUCUCCCACAACCUUCUUUUCUCUUCUAAAAAAUGCCAUAUGCCCAAUAGCUUUUCUCCGCUGUAUGCAGCCCUCCAACAACUAUAAUUUUCUUUUUUAAAAAAUAAGUUGCUUAACACGAUUUUUAUUCCAAAACUACCCUUUUCUUAUACAUGAAUGCAGCAUUUUUCCUACCCUUGGCACCUGUUUUAAAAGGAGUGACCUGGGAUUGCAUUUAGGUACACACAGAAACAACACAAAAACACACGAGUAGAAUAAGCUUUAGCCUUUUGAGCAUACAAGGAGAAGGGUUUGUUUCUGUUUGCUGAAGUGAAAGAAAAAAAUGUCGAAGGAAGUGAGAGAAGAAGGACAGAGCCGCAAGGACUAUGUGGACCCUCCACCAGCUCCACUGGUUGGCAUGGCUGACCUCAAGCUCUGGUCUUUUUACAGAGCUUUAAUAGCUGAGUUCAUAGCCACUCUCCUCUUCCUCUAUGUUACAAUAGCUACCGUAAUUGGCCACAUGAAACAACAGGAUGCAUGCGAUGGAGUUGGUCUCUUGGGUAUUGCAUGGGCUUUUGGCGGCAUGAUCUUUAUUCUUGUUUACUGCACUGCUGGUAUCUCAGGUGGUCACAUUAACCCUGCAGUGACUUUUGGGUUAUUUUUGGCCCGUAAGGUGUCUCUGAUCAGGGCUCUGUCUUACAUGGUAGCUCAGUGCUUAGGUGCUAUCUGUGGAGUUGGGUUGGUUAAAGCUAUCAUGAAGCAUGAGUACAACUCCCUUGGUGGUGGUGCCAACUCUGUGGCUUUUGGCUACAAGAAGGGAACUGCUUUGGGAGCUGAGAUUAUUGGCACUUUCGUGCUUGUCUACACUGUUUUCUCAGCCACUGACCCUAAGAGGAAUGCUCGUGACUCCCACGUCCCUGUGUUGGCUCCACUUCCUAUUGGGUUUGCCGUGUUCAUGGUUCACUUGGCUACCAUCCCCAUCACUGGCACUGGUAUCAACCCUGCUAGGAGUUUUGGUGCUGCUGUUAUCUUCAACAACAAGAAAGUCUGGGAUGACCAGUGGAUUUUCUGGGUUGGUCCGUUUGUUGGAGCUCUUGCAGCAGCUAUAUACCAUCAGUUCAUCCUUAGAGCUGGAGCUAUCAAGGCUUUGGGAUCCUUCCGCAGCAACCCCACCAACUAAAGAGAAAAACAAAAGACUCAUCGAAAACCCAAAUACCUUUGUCUCCACCUCUCUUUCUUGUUUUCUACAUUUGUUCGUUUGUGUGUAUGACAGGAUGAUUAUGAUGAUGAAGAUGGCCCUUCUUUUUUAUUUUUCUAUAUUUAUAAUUUAAAUCUUUUGUUGUUAGCUUUUGCCCUGUGUA